CUUCAGGUGUGGCAUUACUGGCAUAGUAAAACAUGGACGCUCAAAGUGAGGGAAAGGAUACUAAAGAUAAAAUGAAUAGUGAAGACUUUUAUACCAACGCUAUAUCCUACUGGGAGGGUAUACCAGCUACUGUUGAUGGUGUAAUGGGUGGGUUUGCUAAUCUAUCAACUAAUGAUGUUACAGGCUCAAAGAAAUUUCUCUCUUCAUUUAUAACAGGACCUGAGGCCAGUGUCGCCACAAACAGAGCUCUAGAUUGUGGUGCAGGUAUAGGAAGAGUGAGCAAGAGGCUCCUUCUUCCUUUAUUCAAAGAAGUUGAUCUUGAGGAACAGAAUCCAUCCUUCCUUGAGAGAGCAAAGGAAUACCUAGGUGAGAGUGGGAGAAGAGUGGGACAAUUCUUUCCAACUGGACUACAGGAGUUUGCUCCAAUUAAAGGUCACUAUGAUGUUAUUUGGUGCCAAUGGGUACUCAGUCAUCUUAGAGAUGCUGAUUUGAUAUUGUUUCUCAAGAGGUGUUGUCAGGGACUAGUCCCUCACUCUGGCAUCAUUGUAGUGAAGGAAAACAUAGCAAGAGAUGAAGAUGAGUUUGAUGACAAUGAUAGCAGUGUUACCAGGAGCAUGGAAGCAUUUUUAAGAAUAUUUUCAGAGUCGAAUCUAGUCAUAUUAAAGCAAGAGCUACAACCAAGAUGGCCAGAGAAUAUGUUUGAAGUAGCAUUGUUUGCAUUAAAGCCCAAGACAACAUGACCACCACUACCCACUGUACUAGAUUCAUUACUUACUACAUGAACAUAAAAACCUAUAUCUUUAUUUUUUGAAAAUUCGUGUACUAUAAAAAAUUAUUUCAAAUCGUGUUCCUUUCCAAUCAGUAA